GCUGUCCUGGCGACAACUAAAACAGGCCUGGUGCCGGCGGCGGCGGCGGUGGCGGUGGUGGCGGAGGCGGUCCCCCGGGCUGGGGCUGUGAGCACGGAACCAUUGCCAGAUAUCAGUGUGAUUAAUUUAAAGCAAAACUGAAAAAUGGAUCUAUGAAGAUUCAUUCAAACUGUUUUUUGAUGGUCAUGGCAUAAGGAACUUUAUCUCCAGAAUACAACUUUGCACUAGUACCAGACAAGACUGGGAUGAAAUGGAGUCUGGAACAAACUCUUUUCGAGUAGAAUUUCCUGAUUUUUCCAGCACCAUUCUGCAGAAACUAAACCAGCAGCGCCAGCAAGGACAGUUAUGUGAUGUCUCCAUUGUUGUCCAAGGCCACAUUUUUCGGGCACACAAAGCCGUUCUCGCUGCCAGCUCCCCCUACUUCUGUGACCAAGUGCUCCUGAAGAAUAGCAGGAGGAUUGUUCUGCCUGAUGUGAUGAACCCAAGAGUGUUUGAGAACAUCCUUCUAUCGAGUUACACGGGACGCCUAGUAAUGCCUGCUCCAGAAAUUGUUAGUUACUUGACAGCAGCCAGCUUCCUCCAGAUGUGGCAUGUUGUGGACAAAUGCACAGAGGUUCUAGAGGGUAACCCUACAGUCCUUUGUCAAAAGUUAAAUCAUAGCAGUGACCACCAGUCUCCAAGCAGCAGUAGUUACAAUGGCCUGGUAGAAAGCUUUGAGCUGGGCUCUGGGGGCCAUGCGGAUUUCCCCAAAGCCCAAGAACUGAGGGAUGGUGAGAAUGAGGAGGAAAGCACCAAAGAUGAGCUGUCAUCCCAGCUCACUGAGCAUGAGUACCUGCCCAGCAAUUCAUCCACAGAGCAUGACCGCCUGAGCACUGAGAUGGCCAGCCAAGAUGGGGAAGAGGGGGCCAGUGACAGUGCCGAGUUCCAUUACACCCGGCCCAUGUACAGCAAGCCCAGCAUAAUGGCUCACAAACGCUGGAUCCACGUGAAGCCUGAGCGCCUGGAGCAGGCUUGUGAGGGCAUGGAUGUGCACACAGCCUACGAUGAGCACCAGGUCACGGAGUCUAUUGACCCCAUGCAGAUAAAGCACUCGGUCCAGCCUUCAGGAGUGGAGGAGGACUUUCACGUCGGGGAAAAGAAAGUGGAGGCAGAGUUUGAUGAGCAGGCUGAUGAAAGCAAUUAUGAUGAGCAGGUGGAUUUCUAUGGCUCCUCCAUGGAAGAAUUUUCUGGAGAGAGGUCGGAUGGGAAUCUAAUUGGGCACAGGCAGGAGGCUGCCCUCGCCGCAGGCUAUGGUGAGAAUAUUGAGAUGGUAACGGGGAUCAAAGAAGAAGCUUCCCACUUGGGAUUCUCUGCCACCGACAAGCUGUAUCCUUGUCAGUGUGGGAAAAGUUUCACUCACAAGAGUCAGAGAGACCGACAUAUGAGCAUGCACCUCGGACUUCGGCCUUACGGCUGUGGUGUCUGUGGGAAGAAAUUCAAAAUGAAGCACCACCUCGUGGGCCACAUGAAAAUCCACACGGGCAUAAAGCCCUAUGAGUGUAGUAUCUGCGCAAAGAGGUUUAUGUGGAGGGACAGCUUCCACAGGCACGUGACUUCCUGUACCAAGUCCUACGAGGCUGCGAAGGCUGAGCAGAAGACAACGGAGGCUAACUAAAAAUAGGGUCUGUCCCUUGAGUGGCAUGCACAGAAAUAAACUAUGGUAAUUAAUGCAAAUCUGGGCACAGAUGAUGCGUGCUACUUGCUAUUAUGAGAGAAGCUUAAAAAAAAAAAAGAAAGAUAUUUCUGAAAGACCAGUUCUAAGUAGGCCAAUUAAAAAAUUUAAUUCCUCAAAUUUGUAUGUUCUGGUCCUGGCCUGGAAUGAGUGAUGGGGAUAAGUUUGCCCAGUGCCCAGCUGGCAAGGGAAACCUUCAAGCCAGCUGUGAUAGAGGCAAGUGGACUCCGUGAUAGACACCUGCACUUGGGACUGGACUCCAUCCCACCAGUUCGUCUUCAGGGGAUAGCAGUUUUCGAUCACUCAUGUGUUCAAGGUCAUGUUUAAAUUUAUUUUUGCUCUUCUACUUAGAUAAUGUGGAUUUCUUCUGGUAGCUGCAUCACUGAACAAAAUGUUUGUUACUUAUACGAAAGCUACAGGUAAUGUGAUUUCUAGGAUGAGGAAUUUACGCUCCUUUCUAAAGGGUAUUCUAAUUAAAGCUAUGGAAAUGUUAGGAGGGUGACAUUCUAAGUCCGAAAUAAUGAACUUAUAGUACAAAGCCUCAAUUUCUGUCAGAUGCCAUUGUCAUAAUGUUUCAAACUCAUGUUAAGGCACAGUUUUGUAUUUAGUAUUAAACUGAGUUUGAACUACUUACCUAGUUGGAAUUUACUUGGGUGCCAGAGAUGAGUGAUUCUAGUUGAUUUGUCACCCCAAGUCCCUUUCUUUAAUUACAGUAUCCAUGCAGUGGGAUCUGCUCUGGCUAGGAUUUGUCCAGCUUGCUGUGACUGAUUAUGGUACAAAAGGGUGCCCCAGCUAUAGCCCUGUCUUAGUUAAUGGUGCUUCCCAACAAGGACAGUCAGACCAUAGUUCAUGGGGCUGAGUCUGAAUGCCUGACCGAGUGGCUUGGGAACUGAGUGCUACAGUGACCCCCCGUUGUGAGAGAGAGAGCUGAGAGAAGCAGAAUCUUACACAUGGCAGGUUCUACUUAGAAGAAAAGAGUAAGUUGGAGAAUAUAUGGGGCAGGUACUGUUUAAAGGGGUACACUGAUCUAACAGUGGCAGUUCUUUGUGAGUGCUGGGAUGUGUGUUUACAGGGGGAACAGAGUAUUGGUGUGAGCAGAACAGUCUAGAUCCGUGCUCUCAACUGUGGAUGAAGCAGCACAAGUUGACACACCCAGAUAGCUGUAUGCCUGGCAAAAGAGAAAGCUGGGGGUUCUUUGCGCAGCCUUUCCUGCCCAUUGGUCAAGUGUUGUAGGGUGGAAAGGCACAUAUUCAGAAUGCUUCUAAGCUGCACAACACGCCUGAGCCUAUUACUAGGGCAGGACAGGGAGUUACUAUUAUGUCAUCUUUCUUUACACUUACUGGUGUAUUACUUUGAGGUAGAACCCUUUUUCCUUAAAAUAAAAAUAAUUUUUCUUGAAUUUGGGGUGACAUUUUGUUUGUUUGUUUGUUUGUUUGUUUUUGUUUCUCGAGGUAGGGUUUCACUCUAGCCCAGGCUGGAUGUUUUAAAAGUUUGGCUUUGCUCUAAUGUGAUAGAUGUUAACUGGCCGUGGCCUCUGUCCUUCAAGCUAUCACCUAGGUUAAACAUUGUCUAGAAAGAGGAUGGAAAAUAUUUAUUUGCCAGUUAACUCUUGUAAUCAAGGUUACAAAACAGGGAUCUAUUCACUAACACUGUAUCAUUCUCGAUAUAGAAGAAGCACUUUGUAUUUAAAAACUUUAUUAUUAUAAAUAUAUAUCUACAUAUUGUUUUCUAAACCUAGAAACUAGAUAUUACCUCUGGGUUGUUUGCCACAUUCAGAUCUUCUCUUAGUGUUGAACCUUUGCUGGCCCACAGUCCUUUCUCUGUGUACCUGACAGAAGUGGACAGAAGUGAUUGUACAGUCAAGGUGGGUUUAUGGGGUUUUUUUUGUUUGUUUUAUUUUUUGUUUUUUGAGGUAGGGUCUCUAGCUCAGGCUAACCUGGACUUCACUAUGUAGUCUCAGGCUGGCCUCAAACUGACAGUGAUCCUCCUACCUUGGUUUCCUGAGUGCUGGAAUUAAAGGUGUACACCACCACGCCUGGCCCUCACUUCUUUUUGCUCUUGUUAGAGACCAGCAGGUUUUAGGUAUAAUCCUACAGUGUAUGUGAGGAGAAAUUAUUUUAUUGUUCCUACUAAUUUCCCCACUAAGGCAGUGAAGGCAUCCUGUUUCAUCAGUGCUCUCAUGGUAUUAGCAAAACAUUUUCUGCCUGUUGAGAUGGUCCCUGUGCUGUUCCUCAUUAAAGGUUGCAUUCCGAUGAGCUCUGGGACACACAGGGAGAAGAAUCUGCAAGGUAAAAUAAAAAUAUUGUACAAAAGUCAUGGUCCUUCAGUUUCGCUGAAUCAGCACCCUUGUCCUCCAUGGUGACAGAGGUUUUUAUCCAGCAGCACUGUGGCCAUUGGGCCAGGCAGAUUUUAUGAGGUAAUUGAGUGUCAGACGCUGGCCAUGUUCCGGAAGCCAAGGAAUAGCCUUAGUCUGGACAUUGAAAGUGCAAGUUUCUGCAUUCCUACCUUCCUUCCACCCUUUCCCCUGGUUGGAGUUGAUAGUUCCUCCCCUCGGCCUCCACACAGCUCUAGGAAACGCUUACUAUAACUUCCCAAAGAGUGGAUAGUUGUGGGCAGUGCUUUCCAAACAGUCUUUCAGGGAUUGGUUCAGUGGCCUACAACCAAGGUGCUUGCUCCUACUCUGAGUCUUAACUGGUCUUUCUACCAUCUCAGUAGGAAUCUCAGUAGGAAAGAGCUUCAAGUCACCACCAGUGGCAUUACCAUUCCAGAGGCACCAUGCAUUUAGAUGCCAGUGACCCAUAGGGGCCAGCCACAGACAGAAUGUGGUAACUGACUGUUGUGUGCUCUAGGUUGCCCCUGAACCCUUGUAGACAUUGUUCAUAAGAGGCUGCCGAUGGGGUUCCCUGACCACUGCAAUAGGCAUUUGCUGAAAACACUGACCCUGGGCAGGCUUCUUGCUAUCUGGGUAGCUUCAGGCCCUUCCUACAGUGGCUGGCACUCCUGGAGCUUGUGUGGACGGGAAGUUGAGGUGGAGCAGAACUGCGGUCCCUGAACUGGAGUGCUGCUGCCCAAGUAUGGUUAGACAGGGGCCUCCCCCAAAUCCCUGCUGUCUUGCUCUCGGACACUUCAGGAAUGCCCACGUCAAGGGUGUGUUACCCUUGCUCCUUCAGUGCCGCUAAGUUUUUGUAAUUUUGGUUGCUUUCAUGGGUGACUGACUAUCCAGUGAAACCAGGGUUAAUUCAUGUUAUUUUUUUCUUUGCUAUUUACAUAUUUAAAGGUACAAGUUUCUUAUUUCAGAUUUCUACUGAUAGUGCCCUAUGGGAAGAUGCUGGAACAUAUUUUGCAAAUGUGAUUUAUAUUUUUUCUUUUGCUCAAAGCCUGUGUCAUGUCAGCAGCUGCUGCUACAGUCUUUCCUGAUGAGGUUCCCAAUGUUUCUUCCAGAAAGCUACUUUAUUUAUGCAAGUGAGGUGACUUGGGCCACAGAACCAUUUGAUGAUAAACAUUGUCACUAGGUGCAUAUCUUAUUGAUACUUUGUGAAAUGUCAUGCCUGUGUUGCAAAAGUUGAAUAGUUUUGUCUUUAUAUAAUUGCUGUCUUCCGUGUACAGCAUGGUUUUACUUCACUGAAUGUUCCUGGUUAAUAUUUUCUUCUUAUAGAAGAGAAAAAGCCCUUUUGUAUGACAUGUUUUAAUAAAUGUUAUCUGUCAAUUUUGUAAAA